AGAAGAAGCAGCACGUGCUCGUUGUUGUCGCCUUCAAAUUACUUUUGUUUUUAGCCAGUUUUUAAGUUAUUACCGCCUUGCCGCCGCCACCAGGAUGACCAAAACAGCGCCCAAGGGGCGCCCGAAGGCCAAGACGCCCUACAAGCGCUACUUCGAGGCGGAGAAGGACACAAAGGCGGCGAAGGACGACGGCCGCCUGGAAUAUGUGAAGCUGAAGAGCAAAAACCAACAGAAUUUCACCGGGGAUUUCAUUAAAAUGCAGGACAGGACCAAGAAGCCGCGUCCCCCGAAGGCUCCGAUCGUCGAGGAGCCGAAGAACCAGAAGAAGCACCCCAUUCCCGAGGAGAUCCUGCAGAAGUACUCACGUGGCGAGCAAGUGCAGCCAAAAGGCGUGAAGACGCGCCACUUCAAGGAGCAGCAGACGCGGCGGGAGAUCUACCUGGAGUACGCCACCGAGCAGGCUGCCCGCACGGAGCUCCUCCACCAGGAGACCGCUGGCCAGCUGGAGGCGGACCAGGGUGAAACCACCGCCGAGUACCGGCAAUCCCAGAUAGCCGACAACGUGGAUCUUCAGUCUUCAGCCAAACACUUCAGUUUGAACAUGGAAUUCGGGCCGUAUCAAAUGCGAUACACCAAGAACGGUCGGCACUUGCUGCUCGGCGGACGACGCGGUCAUGUGGCCGCCUUCGAUUGGGUGACCAAGCGGCUGCACUGCGAAUUCAAUGCCAUGGAGAGCGUCGAGGAUGUCCAGUGGCUGCACGUGCCCACCAUGUACGCGGUGGCCCAGAAGAGCUGGGUGUACAUGUACGACAAGAAGGGCACCGAGCUGCACUGCAUCAAGCGGCUGAACAGGGUGAAUCGGUUGGAUUUCCUGCCCUAUCACUUCCUCUUGGCCGCCGGCAACAGUGCGGGCUACGCCUCCUGGCUGGACGUCUCCAUUGGCGAGCUGGUGGGUAAUUUCAACACCGGACUCGGUGACAUACGCCUGAUGCGGCACAAUCCUCGAAAUGGAGUGCUCUGCAUUGGCGGCGGACGUGGCGUCGUGUCCAUGUGGUCGCCCAAAGUUCGUGAGCCGCUGGCCAAGCUGCUCUGCCAUUCGACGGCCAUGACGGCGCUGACGGUGGAUCCCAAGGGUCAGCAUUUGGUUACCGCCGGUUUGGAUCGGGCAGUAAAGGUCUGGGACAUCAGGAUGCUAGUAAACGACAAGCCGCUGACGCAUUUCCAACUCCGGCUGGCCGCCAACGAGCUGGAUGUCUCGCAGCGCGGCAUGCUGGCGCUCUCGCAGGGCACUUACCUGGAGACCUACGCGGAUUUGCUCUCCGGCGGAGGUUCGGGCGACGGGACCCGACUGCCCUACAUCCGCCAGCGCUGCGAUGCCUUCGUCCACGGGCUGCGCUUCUGUCCGUACGAAGAUGUACUGGGUGUGGCCACCGCCAAGGGCUUCCAAUCGCUGCUGGUUCCCGGCGCCGGGGAGCCCAACUUUGAUGCUUUGGAGGACAACCCGUACGAGACGUCGAAGCAGCGACGCGAACACGAAGUGCACGCUCUGCUCGAGAAGAUACCGCCCGAGCUGAUCACCCUGGAUCCGCACGAGAUCACCGGCGUGGAUGCGCCGACGCUGCAGGAGAAGAUCGACGCGAAGCGGAGGCUGUUCCACGUGAAGGCGCCGCGCAUCAACAUGAAGUCGCGCCACAAGAUGAAGGGACGCGGCGGCACGGCGAAGGCGGCGCGCAACAAGCAGAUCGUCAAGGAUGGCAAACGUAGGGAAUUCAUUGCCGAGGUGCGGGAGGCCAAGAAGAGCCUGAUCAAGCAGCAUGCAGUGAAAGAGGAGGGCGCCAAGGGCAAAACCAAGGCUCCGCGCUCCGUGCUCGAUCGUUUCAAGCCCAAGCCGCCCAAGAAACAAAAGACCUAAUCGCAGUUGUUCGUCUUAAGCCAGAGGAAUAUAAUGUAUACAUUAAACUAUUUGUAGAAGCUA